AUGGCAUACUCACUUGCGCAAUAUGCCACAUACCACAGAAUAGAAACCUUUGCAUCAUCAAAGAGAAUGACUACAGAGGCAACGCCAAAAGGGGCGUUAUCACCUGUUGAAGGGACAUCAAAAGGGGCUUUAUCACCUGAUGAAGGGACAUCAAAAGGGGCGUUAUCACCUGAUGAAGGGAGAUCAAAAGGAGCGUCAUCACCAACCAAAGAGACGUCCAAAAGAGCAUUAUCAUCAGAAGUAGCAGAGAUAUCUACAGGGGCGUUAUCAUCAGGGUCGAUAAACCAAGACGAAACGUCUCCAGGGUGCUGUUCACAAAGACUUAAACUUGCCCUGGUGUUGAUGUUAGGUUUUGCCUGUGUCCAGGCUUUACAUGGUCACAUGGGGUUGACCAUAAUAUGUAUGGUGAAGCCUCCGAACACAACCAUGACUGGCAUGAGUAACAACAGCACCUCUGAUGUCUACAUAUGUCAGAAGAAUCAAUUACAACUGCCUAAUCAGACAGCAGUAAACGCAUCUUUCCAAGGAGUGGUGCCUGAAGCGGAAUUUGAAUGGGAUGCAUUGACUCAGGGAUUGGUUCUCAGUAGCAUUUAUUCCGGUGGCACCAUCGGAAGAUUAACUGGCGGAUUCCUAGCGAGAAUUUGGGGGCCUAAGAGAGUCAUUGGAAUUUCGUUGUUCAUCGCAGGAACGUUGACAAUGCUGACUCCAUUCAUCGCAAGAUUGGGUGGUGCUUGGGCAAUGAUUGCGAUGACGUUUGCGACGGGGGCUGCUACUGAUAUGAUCCGACCUGUUUAUUUAGCUCUUUGGGCAAAUUGGGCGCCAGAAUUUGAGAAGACGAAGCUGGUUACGAUCUCGUUUCAAGGAACGUUGUUAGGGGGCAUAGUGUCGAUUCUAGUCACUGGUAUCCUAUGCGAGACUGUGGGAUGGUCUGCCAUUUUUUAUGUCUUCGGUGGUGUCACAUUAGUAUGGGUAUUCGUAUGGGUCUAUGCAGCAUACGAUUCACCAAGCCAACACCCAAGAAUACACUCCAGUGAAAGAAUGUUUAUAGAAAACAGUAUUGGAAAAGAUGUCCGAUUGGAGAAGAUCCCCUGGAAAGAUAUUAUUACGUCAAAGGCGGUUUUAGCAUUAAUAUUUGCUGGAACGACAGGGGCAUUUUCAAUUGUAGCGGUAAACACACUGGGUGCAACAUUUCUUACAGUGAUAUUCCAGUUGACUCCAAUUCAAAUAGGACUGGUCUCUUGUGGGUUAGCUGGCUGUACUGUUAUAACAGCAAUAAUAGUAUCUCUCUUAUCAGACAUUCUAAGAAAAAAGAAAAUUCUCACUACCGUGGCAACAAGAAAACUGUUUGUUGCUAUAGCAACAAUCUCAGUUCCGAUUGCAAUCGCAUAUUCACAUCUGGACUGUCGUCAGGUGAAUGUAAUGUUAGCUUUACUCUUCAUUUCUGGUGCAUUCUCUUCGUUUGGAAUCGUCUCUUUGUCAGUCAAUGCUCUGGACAUCGCCCCGCAAUUCGCAAGUAUCAUUGCUGGUAUAUCUGAUGCAGUGGAAAAUGCUGUUGGCGUUGCUGCUCCGCUUCUUUUAAGAUACAUAACACGUGAUGAUACAAGUUUACAAUGGAGGCAGAUGUUUUACAUAAAUGGAGGAAUCGUGGUCUCUGGUAUCAUAGUGUACCUCAUAUUUGGAAAGGGACAUGUUCUUCCAUGGGCAAAGACAGACACCAAAGAAAAACAGCCAGAUGAAUCUAAUACGGAUGAUAAACCUGAAGAGGGUAUAAAUCACCAGGAUGACGCCCAACCUAUUGAAGAUGCAAUCAGUCCGACAGAGCUCAAGGUGGAAAUAGAAAAUAGUAAAGAGCUGGUUAAAGAUGAGCCGAUUCUGAUUCAAAAGAGUAUUGAUGCUGAAACUGAUUUAACUGAUGCGACUGAAAGCACCAAUGAUAACACCAUGCCAGGGGAUGACCUGGCAACUGAGGAUAAGAACAAUGUUGAGCGCACUGAUCCUGAAAAUGAUAGUGCACCGGAAAAUAAAGUUCACAACGAAGAUACUCAUGGAAACGAUCACAAUGAAAAGGCCCCAGAUGUUACAAUGGCCAAGGUUGUAGAUUCUCUGUUAGCAAUCAAAGCUUAGAGAGAUAAAAUAUAUCUGCACUGUAGAAUUAACUAAAUGAAUCAUAUAUUUAAAAUUUGGCCUACUUGAAAUGAAUAAUGACAUCGUUACUUUUAUCUCACUUAAGUUUGAGAGCAUUCGGUUUGAGGUGGAGGGCAAGGUCUUAAGGGGUGAAUACACUGGCAGGGUGUGGCAAAACUCAGAUGGAUAAGUUUUCAAUGGUGGAAGUUGAGACAAAAGUGAUUUAAUAUUUGUAUUAGUUAUUUCCUCAAGAUGGCCUCUACAUAAACUAAAGUAAUAAAAAUGGCCAAACAAACAAGCAUUGAUGGGUCCAUAGGAUACUUCUGUUUGCCAAACUUAUGGAGGGGAGCGUAAAUAUUUAGUCGAGGUGCGACAAGUGGGAAGGUUAUGACGAGUUUGCUCAGAACUCAUUAUACAAUUUACAAACCAUGCCCGUAUCAUGUACUUUGACGAUGGGUUAUUCAGAAUUACGUUUGAUAUUAUUUUACAAUUAAAAUCACUAGCUACUUCAUUAGCAGAAUAAAGCAACACAUACACAGUAUGAUGUAUCUCUUUAACUGAAAUGUAUAUGUUUUUCAGUAAAGUACACAUUGGAACACCACAUCCGAUAUUCUAAAAGUUAAUGAUUCCGUAUUUCAAUUUUCAAGGAGGCGCAAACUCUUAAGAAGCCAAAUAUUACCCGUAUUAUGGGUUUUGUAAAAAGAGGGGAUAGAAACGCGUCCAGUAUUUUCGUCUGGUACAACUGGAAAUACUUGACGCAGACCUCCAUUUUUGAUCCAGAGAGAGGUAG